CUCCCCCCCUGGCCAUUGCCGGUAGCGCAGACGCAGAGCAGCAGCCCAGAUUGCCUCCUCGCAGACCUGCAGGGACUCGCGAUCUGUCUCGUUCUUUGCUAGCAGCAGCAGCAGGAGGAGGACGAGAGCACGAGCAAGAAGACGAGACCUUUUGGAGCAAGAAGAGAUGGGUGAGUGCAGAGGAGGAGGAGGAGGAGGAGGGGACUGCCUGAUCAAGCUGUUCGGGAAGACGAUCCCCGUGCCGGAGGCCGGCGACGCGUGCGCCAAGGAUCUUCAGCACAGUGGCAGGAGCAGCUCGACUGAAUCCGAUGACCAGGAGAACACGCACCAGGACACCUUGGACCUGUCCCCGCAGCCGGAGGUCGUGGAUGCCGAGGACCCCAAGAGCUCGCCGGAGCCACAGCAGCAGCUCGGCUGCGACGCGGCCAGCCAGAGGGAGAAGCUGAAGAAGCCCGACAAGGUGCUGCCGUGCCCCCGGUGCAACAGCAUGGACACCAAGUUCUGCUACUUCAACAACUACAACGUCAACCAGCCGCGCCACUUCUGCAAAAACUGCCAGCGGUACUGGACCUCCGGCGGCGCCAUGCGGAACGUGCCCGUGGGGGCCGGCCGGCGCAAGAACAAGAACGCCGUCGCCGCCUCCCACUUCCUCCAGAGGGUCCGAGCCGCGCUGCCCGCCGGCGACCCGCUCAAGACCAAUGGCACGGUGCUCAGCUUCGGCCACAGCGCGCCUCCUACCCUGGACCUUGCCGAGCAGGCGAACCACCUGAAGGAGAAACUGCUCAUCCCGAUCAGAAACACCGGGAACCCUUCGGUGGAUCCUUGCAGCGAAGGAUCGAGCAACAGGGACGACAAGGACCAGGGUUGCAUCAGGGAGAAGCUUACUGUAGAGAAACCUGCAAAUGGAGUGCAGUAUCCAGCAAGCAUGAACGGGCCAACCGUGUGGCCAUACAGCUGUGCACCAUCUCCGGCAUAUUACUCCUCGGGCAUUGCAAUUCCGAUAUACCCGGCUGCGCCGGGUUACUGGGGUUGCAUGGUUCCCGGAGCUUGGAGCCUUCCAUGGCCGGUGCAGUCCCCGACACAAGGCCUCUCGUCACCCACCAGUGCUCAUUCAGUCUCCUCGGGGCCUGACUCCCUCACACUAGGCAAGCACCCCAGGGAGGGAGACGACGGAAGAGGCCAUGGAAGUGGCAAGGUGUGGGCGCCAAAGACAAUCCGGAUAGACGACGCCGACGAGGUGGCCAGGAGCUCAAUCUGGUCCCUGAUCGGGAUCAAAGGCGACAGGAAGGAUGCACACGCUGGCGGGCACAAGCUUGGGACGGUGUUCGAGCCAAAGCUUGAGACCAAGACGGCGAAACAGGCUAUGAUCACAAGCUCGCCGCUCCUGCACGUGAACCCUGGCGCGCUCACGCGCUCGGUGACCUUCCAGGAGGGAUCUUGAAGGCCAUCUGCAGGAAUUUUCUCACGCCGCCUGCUGAUCUGAGAACUCGAGCUUAGCCUGACAGUACUGAAAUUUUUGUAAAUCAGAGGAUUGUAAAAUAGGUAUAGGGGGGAAAGGAGUGUUGUGUAACAUAGCUACUUGUGGACUUGUAGUUGUAAUAAGUAGUAGCAUGUAAAUAGAAUUAGCUAUUUGGAUUGGAGAAAGAUCAGGAGAUAAGGUCCCUGGUUGUAUAUAAAUAAGAUAAAGAUGGAAUAUAUGGCUUGAGGUAUUUCAUUCUUCA